ACCUGCCAGAGUGAGUCAACUCUCAAUUCCAUUAUUACAGAAAAUUAAGAAUCGUCUACCAGCUGCUGAAAACAAAUCAGUCAGCUUCAAAGCAUAUGAAAAACCCAGUUCACUUUCAAAGGCAAAGUUUAUUUAAAUUAGAGAGUUUAGCAGCAGUUAUAAUUAAAAUACUUGUCUUCGUCAUCACGUCAGGCCGUUAACGGUCGUCACGUUGAACGUCAGCUGGGUGAGUGUUUUGAAAGGAGAUGGCUGGUUAGCUGGUGAGCGACUGGGAUUACACUUCAGCGGAAACCGUAGCCAGCUAGAUUAUGAACGGUGAAAGAUCCAGACCGGACUCCCCCCUGUACGGGUGAUGGCAGCACGUCUGCAAUCAUAUGACAGCAACUCCAGUGACACCGAAAACUGGGAACGAAAAGCGACAAGCCGACCUCGCAAACUCUGCAAGCAUUCGAGCAGCAGUCAGGCCCGAGCAUCUCGAGAGAAGGCAGAAAAGAGGAAGAUGAGCAUGCAUGGUGCCAGUGGGGGCUGUGACCGCUCACGUGACCGCCGUCGCUCCAGCGAUCGCUCCAGGGACUCCUCACACGAGAGAGAAGGCCAGCUUACCCCCUGCAUUCGCAACGUCACCUCACCCACCCGCCAACACAACAGUGACCGUGAACGAGAUGGUGGCCCAUCAUCCAGGCCCAGUAGUCCACGGCCUCAGAGAGUCUCUCCCAGCGGCUCCAGCAGCAGUGGGGUGGUGAGCAGUCGCAACAGCAGCCUGUCCAGUACGGAAGGCACCUUCAAAAGCUUGGGAGUUGGAGAAAUGGUUUUUGUCUACGAGAAUCCCAAGGAAGGAGGAGCGACUGCCUCUGUAGGGAACCGAAAUAUUAGGACCUCAGAAAGAGUCACACUCAUUGUUGACAACACACGCUUUGUAGUAGAUCCCUCCAUUUUCACUGCACAACCCAAUACCAUGUUGGGCAGAAUGUUUGGAUCUGGAAGAGAACAUAAUUUCACACGGCCCAAUGAGAAGGGGGAGUACGAGGUGGCUGAGGGCAUCAGCUCAACGGUUUUCCGAGCAAUUCUGGAUUACUACAAAUCUGGAAUAAUCCGUUGUCCUGAUGGAAUCUCCAUCCCUGAGUUGCGGGAGGCGUGUGACUAUCUAUGCAUCUCCUUCGACUACAGCACCAUCAAAUGCAGAGACCUUAGUGCCCUGAUGCAUGAGCUUUCCAAUGAUGGAGCUCGGCGACAAUUUGAGUUUUACCUUGAGGAAAUGGUUCUGCCUUUGAUGGUGGCCAGUGCUCAGAGUGGAGAGAGGGAAUGUCACAUUGUUGUCCUUACUGAUGAUGAUGUGGUUGACUGGGAUGAAGAAUAUCCACCUCAGAUGGGAGAAGAGUAUUCUCAGAUCAUCUACAGCACAAAACUGUACAGAUUUUUCAAGUAUAUUGAGAACCGAGAUGUUGCCAAGUCCGUUUUAAAGGAGAGAGGAUUAAAAAAAAUAAGACUGGGCAUUGAAGGUUACCCUACAUAUAAAGAGAAAGUCAAGAAACGACCAGGAGGUCGUCCAGAGGUCAUUUACAACUAUGUCCAGAGGCCCUUCAUCCGCAUGUCCUGGGAAAAGGAAGAGGGUAAAAGCCGCCAUGUGGACUUCCAAUGCGUUAAGUCCAAGUCCAUCACCAACCUGGCAGCAGCAGCAGCAGACAUCCCCCAGGACCAGCUGGUGGUGAUGCACCCUGGCCCUCAAGUGGAUGAACUAGACAUCCUACCUAAUCACCCACCUAGUGGGAAUCACUACAGCAACAACUACAGCAACGAGCCUGACCCUGAUGCACCUUCACCUGCUGUCUGAUGACAUACCGGUCCUCUUUCAAUGCCUCUGCUCCUCUCCUACUCCUCUAGUCCUACUCCCAGCAUGCUGCAGCAUGGAGCGCCAGGGGCACCAUAACCAUAUUGCCUUGACACCUCCUUUGCAGCCUUAGAGCCUCAAGAACCUGGUUGACUGUAGAAGACGAAAUAUGAGGGAUAUAAGACUGGUGAAAGGAAGAAUUCACUAUUAUUUUCAUUUUGUUUUUUACUUGACCAAAGGAAUUUAUUUUUCUGUUUGAAAAAAAAAAAAAAAAUCAGUAAAACAGUUAUUAUUAACAUUAA